UCAGUCAAACCCUGCUACCAGGUGUGUUUGAGGUUGAUUGGCCACUUAAAGCAGUGGCUCCACACACUGCAAGACGACUGCUUCCAAACCUGCCCGAAGCCAAGAAUGGACUGCAACGUCGCCCGUUGGUGGCUUAUCGUCCUCAUCUCAGUGUCCACACUAACAGAAGUCCGGUUAGUGUCCAGCGGAGGCUCCAGCGUCCGAAGAAACUCCAACAUCCUGAGCAGGACUCGCGGUUACUUCCAGCCUCAGUUGACUGCGGGCAAACGGCAGCAAAGCGCGGGGCUCAGCGCGCGGCCCAGCGCGCGGCCUCGACCUGUCGUGGUCAACUGCCACCCCAACACGAUGCGGGUUGUGGUGCAGGCUGACAUGUUUGAUACGGGCCUCCAGGUGGACGUCAGACAUCUGCGCCUGGGCUCGGACCUAUUGAGUGAAGGGAGUGCAUGCGGAGCGGUCCCAUCGGGCGAGGCGGAAUUCACCAUCCAGGCCUCCCUGAGGGAUUGUGGAGCCGAACUCUCUUCGACAGAAGAGAAGAUCAUCUAUUCUAAUGUUCUGGUCUACUCUCCUGAACCUUCAUCUGAUGGUCUGCUUAGACUGGAUGCAGCAACUAUUCCAGUUCAAUGUCAUUAUGAAAAGAGGUAUGCUGUUGCUCCCAUUUCCAUGCAACCCACCUGGGUUCCAUCUGUCUCCAGGGUCUCGGCAGAAGAUCGUAUAAACUUCAAUCUGCUACUCAUGACUGAUGAUUGGCAGUUUCAGAGGGGAUUCUCUUCUUACUUCCUGGGUGACCCCAUUCAUUUGGAAGCUUCUGCCGUCGUCGGUAAUCACAUUCCCCUGCGAGUAUAUGUUGAAAACUGUGUUGCCACAGCUACACCUAAUGCAGAGGCUACAUUAAGAUAUGACUUUAUUGAGAAUCACGGAUGUCUUGCUGAUGCUUACCUGACUAACUCCAAAUCCCGUUUCCUGCCAAGAGUUGAAGAGCACAAGCUGAGGUUUCAAAUUGAUGCCUUCAGAUUCUACCAGGAGCCCAGCAGUCAGGUCUACAUUACCUGCUACCUGAAGGCUGUUCCAGCUGCGUUAUCUGUCAGCUCUCACAACAGGGCCUGCUCGUUAAUUGAAAACAGAUGGAGCUCAAUUGAUGGGAACGACCAGGCAUGUAGAAGCUGUGAUAUCUCCCAUCGGGGUGAGGAGCCUCUGCACACAGAACCCCUUAAAAAUACCAUCGGCACCCAAGCAUUGCCCUCACCGGAGGACAGACUUGAACAACGCCCUGCCACUUAUUUCCGUUUUUGGCCAGGAAAGCUCCAGAGUCAAUACGGCAAACCUCAGCGAUCCUCCCCUGGAUUGAUGAAGAGAAGUGCCGAGUACAAACCAGAGUGCCGUGUCCAGCUGGGACCCGUUACUCUGCUGCCAUCCAUUAAGACUGACACCAGGCCAUCAGACUCCAAAAUGGUACUUACACCAAAGAACAGGACCACCUGAGACUCGGCAUAGCACCGUGGAGACGGUUAUCGUUGCCUUGUAAGGGACAAAACAUAUUGGAUGAAACUCUGUGAAUGCAGAGAUUAAUCACAUCAUUUGACAUGCCACCUUCCCUGAAAGGAAGUCAGGUUUUUCCCCAAUAAAUAUUUGACAUCAA